ACCUCGUGGAUGCUGUCACUUUUCAUUCCCAACUAUGUAUCAAACAUGAAGCACUUUCAAAGCAAGUGGAUCUGAUGGAUUCCUAGCUGACAAAUCAAGACCUUCUACUGUACUUGCAUUUUAGAGAGACUGUACCGUGACAUGAGGAUGCCGAAAAGACGGGACGUUGUUCCCAUUGUAUUGAUCCUGAUGCCUAUGGUUUUCAUCAUUUAUAUUUGGCAUGACAAUAUAGUCUCUCCUCUAAUUGCAGGCCUGAAAGGUAAGAAACUACCUACAAGGACUAUACUGUGUAGUACCCACAGGUGGGAAUCUCACUCACAGAGCAUAUUCGAGGUGGUGCACAUUGAGAACUUCUACAGCCGGCCAUUACCCAAGUCUGACAUCCUGACAACCAUAUAUGUCAUCACCCCAACCUACCGCCGGCCCAUGCAGAAAGCUGACCUCACUUGUCUAGCCAACACUUUGCUCAAUGUGGCCAACCUGCACUGGAUCGUAGUGGAGGACUCACAAAAAAGGACGUCUUUGGUUAGUCGUCUCCUUCAUGAGACAGAACUCAACUACACCCACCUCAACGUUCAGACACCUGCAAAUUCCAUAAAGCAUGCGCGCCCAGGUCAAAAAUUCCCUAGGGGCACUUUGCAAAGAAAUCUUGCCUUGCAAUGGCUCCGAGCGACCUUCAAUGACCACAAUACCCAGCCGGGCAUUGUCUACUUUGCAGAUGAUGACAACGCUUAUAGCCUGAAAGUGUUUGAUGAGAUGCGAUCAACGAAAAAGGUCUCUGUGUGGCCUGUACCAUUUGUUGGAGGCCUUCGGUACGAGUCCCCCAAAGUAAACAGCUUGGGGAAGGUGUAUGGCUGGAGUGUUGUAUAUGAUCCACAUCGACCGUUUGCCCUUGACAUGGCUGGCUUUGCAGUAAACCUGCACCUCAUCCUGUCCAAGCCUCAUGCAUAUUUCAAGCUAGAUGCGAAGGGAGGCUACCAAGAAAGCAGUUUGUUAAUGGAGCUGGUCACCCUCAACGAUCUGGAGCCGAAAGCAGCAAAUUGCACUAAGGUAUUAGUGUGGCACACCCGUACAGAGAAGCCUUUACUCAUAAAUGAAGGAAAGAUGGGAUUUACAGAUUCGAAUGUGGAGAUUUGACAACAACUGACCAAAACAAGUAAAAGUCUGACUUUCAUUUGCAACUACUGUAUUUCAUUUAUACACACUCUAGGAGUCAAGGCUUCAAUAUUUUUGACCCCGAAACAAUAAGGUGCUACAUAUUGCUAGUGCUCUUGGCACAUGUUAGUGUUAUCUUUAUUUUACUUGUAAGACUGAUAAAUCAGUAUGUUAUUGAAGGAUUCAUUAAAAUCUCACAAGAUUUAAACACCUCCGUGAAGAUGACUCGACUCGUGUGCUGCGAUUAACGUCACUCAAAAUUAAUACAGGUACCGGUAGUCCCCGACGGGGAGUUACGACGGACCCAACUUACGCGAUUUCGAUUCUACAACGCCUCAGUCUCUUCGCUUAUUUUUUGUAAAUGUUGACUUAUUUUGUGAUGCAUGCUUUUAUUUUUGCGCAGGAAGCGUAGAGCAGGAAGCGAUCGGAUGUACAGACACGCGGCAUCACCUCACUCAGGCACACACAGAGCAGCUGUCAGCCGAGUGACAGAGGUGAUAGCCUGUGCGCACAUUUGUUGCUUGUGAGGCCUCCAGAGGCGACGGCUGUAUAGACCCUACUCACAUGACGACACAACCACGUCCCCGCGCCAUAUUGUCCGUCAACUCGUCGUUGUUGAUGCAUUACCGCUACGUAAAUUCUUCCUAUUAUGGCAUGUUUUUCUGCUCGUUAACAUUAAUAAUCAAAAUGGUGAAGGCGUGUGUGGCGGGCGGUUGCAAUAACAGAGAAGAUAGACGGAAAGACUUGAGAUUCUACCGUAUUCCGAGAGACCCGGAGAGGUGAGCAAGAUGGACUGCUGCAAUUCGACGAGAAAACUGGGCUCCAAACGAUUACCACGGAUUAUGUAGUAGUCAUUUUAUAUCUGGUAAGAUGCAUUUAAUAUAUAUUUAGAGGGUUUUGGGCUGACAACCACAAUUAAGAUCAUUGCUAGGCUAAUCGUUGACAACAUACCGUUUCAAAUUCAAGAUGCUUAUUUCUUCCACCAUCUUUAUUUUUUGAAUAAUAUUUAGCUGGUAACAAGUGAAAGAAGCUGGCCUCGUCUACGGAUCAUCAGUUAAACAGGGGUGUCCAAACUUUUUGCAAAGGGGGCCAGAUUUGGUGUGGUAAAAAUGUGGGGGGUUACCUGGGCUAAUUUACGUAGAACAAUACAUAUAAAGAAAUUUUAGCAAGCCCUUCUGUGUGUCACAUUUGCUUUAUUUAUUUAUUUUUUUUUAAUUCAUAAUUUCAACAAUCUCGCCUUUGUGGCGCUCUCUUUCGACCCUCAGGCUCUUGCGAAAUACUGCUGCUGUGAAAUUAAAUUAGCUUCAAGUUGCUUUAAUUUCUCGUUGCGUAUCUUCCGCGACUGUCUCUUUGCAAAUGAGGCAGACACAGUUGUGUAUUUUAUUGAAGAAAUAGUCCAAUAUGCACCUAUCCUUGACGCGUCGCAGUCAACUUUUUUUUUUUAUUGAUUGUCGCCAUUUUAGAAAAUUGGAAGUAAAGGGUCACACGGGGUAAUGUUGCUUAGAGUGCUGCUCUUUCAAACUUUCGUGAGAAUAGGCUGAUUUUGUGUGGACAAGAUAGUUGUAAAUAUCAGGGUAGCAGAUGUCAGGCAGAGACGGCGAAGACAGUGGGUCAAAAAACAUCGAUUUAGGCAUCAAAUAUGGAUCUGGCGAAUGGAUAAACUGAAGCUUUUCCACAUAACGCCUUUUAUGCAACGCAUCCAAUGAGUUUACAGCAUCAGAUAACACCGGGGCUUCCAUGAAUUGCUCUAUAACUUGCACGACUAAUUGAAACCAUUGAGAAUAGGUCUAAAAAAUGACAGACAAUAUGGCGGCCGGAUACAGCGACACGUCAUUUUGUGACGUAGGUGAGCAGGGUCUAUAUAACCCCUUUUGUACUGUUUAAGUUUUCAAUCGUGGUCGAAUACUUACGCG